AUGAAGAGAGUAUUUCUUGGAUAUGGGAUUUGUGAGAAAGGGUAUAGAGUCUUUAACCUAGAAACUAAAAAGAUUGAACUUUCAAGGAGCAUUAUCUUUUAUGAGAAAGCAAUGUGGAAUUGGGAGUUGAAUGAAGAAGUACAAGUGACUAUUCCAUGGCAUGAAGAAGAAAGUUCAAGAAUAUCAGAAAUUGAUUCAUAUUCUAAUGAAUUGCUUCAGUCAGUUCAAUCUCCUCAGAGAUCACAAGUGGUUAAAGAUCUGCAAACCACUCUGGAGUCAGCUACACAUGAUUCACCAGUUUCAAUCUCUGAAACUUUUGAUCAUACUCCACAAAAAUGGAAGAACUUAAGUGAGGUCUAUGCUCAAUGUAAACUGAGCAUUAUUGAAGCAAAAAGUUACAAUGAAGCAGCCAAAGAUGAAGCUUGGAACAAGGCUAUGACUGAAGAGAUAUCAAUGAUAGAGAAGAAUUCCACUUGGGAAUUGGUUGACAGACCAGGCAGCAAACCAAUUGUGGGAGUGAAGUGGAUAUAUAAAACAAAACUAAACCUCGAUGGCUCCAUUAAAAAACACAAGGCAAGACUUGUAGCCAAGGGUUACACACAGAAACCAGGGAUUGAUUUCAAUGAAACCUUUGCUCCAGUAGCAAGGUUAGACACUAUUAGAACUCUCAUUGCAAUAGCUGCACAGAAAGGCUGGAAAUUGUGGCAAUUGGAUGUCAAAUCAGCUUUCUUAAAUGGUGUCCUUGAAAAGGAAGUCUAUGUGGAUCAACCUGAAGGCUUUGUGAUUAAAGGAGCUGAGGAUAAGGUGUACAGAUUAAGAAAAGCCCCCUAUGGACUAAAGCAGGCUCCAAGGGCCUGGUACAGUGAAAUCGACACUUACUUAUAUCAGUGUGGUUUUCACAGAAGUCCAAGUGAAGCAACUCUCUAUGUGAGAACCAAGGAAGGUGGGGGAACAUUAAUCGUAUCAAUCUAUGUAGAUGACAUAGUAUAUACUGGAAGCAGUGAUGAAAUGGUGAAAGAAUUCGAGGCUGAGAUGUUGUGCAAGUAUGAAAUGUCUGACUUAGGUUUACUCCAUCAUUUUCUUGGUAUGGGAGUAACACAAACUGAACGGAGCAUUUUCAUCCAUCAAAAGAAGUAUGCACUCACUCUCCUAGAUAAGUUUGGACUCAAGGAUUGCAAAUCAGUGAGCACUCCAUUAGUUGCCACUGAUAAAUUGCAAAGAGAGGAUGGAAGUGAAGCAGCAGAUGAAAACUUGUACAGAAAAAUUGUAGGAAGCUUGCUAUAUCUAACUGCAACCUGA